GUCGCUGCGCACAGAUCAAGGCAAUAGGAAGGGGAAGGGUAAAGGGAAGGGGAAAGAGAGGAUACCGGAGGUUGUGAUGCCGAAGAGGACGAAGAAUGUCUCGAGUUCUGCGUCUGCGCCUAUCGUUGUCAAGAAGCGGAAGACUGGGCCACAACAAUCUACGCCUUCCUUCCUAUCCUCCGCUGCGUCCACUUCUACGUCUACCUUCAAAUGGCCACUCGGUCGUCCUCUCACGACCAAGUCACAAUCCCAGCCACAGCCAACGCCCCUACCAGAAUCCCGCUCCCGCUCCCGCUCCAGAUCUCGCUCUCGUUCUCGAUCCCGUUCACAAUCUCGCUCCCGUUCGCGCCCACGUCAAUCGCAACCACAAACUCGACCCCGACCCCGACCUCUAACUCGGCUUCCAUCCCAAUCCCAAUCCCGAAUCCCCACACAAGACGAAGGAACACCCCUCUUCGCCCAUACCCCACCCUCAUACCUCACCCUCCCACUCCCCCAGCCCGACCCUGCAUCCGUGCUACCAUAUGAUACGCCGGAGGGAGUCACGUUGGGCUCGUUGGUCGUCAUGAGGCCGUUUUUGAAGGAGGUGGGGAGUGUGAUGAGGGAGUUUGGACCGAGGUGGGCGAUGGGGUUGAAGGGGCAAGAGGGAGAGGGAGGCGAGGCGGAUGAUAUGGGUGAGAGGGAUGGAGAGGAGAAGGGACAGGGAGAAGUUAAGUUGUGUGACCGGCUUUGGUGGAGUAGGACGGGCCAGGAGGAAGAGUUUGAGGGGAGGGAGUGGGAGGUUUGUGAGGGCGGUGACUUUAGCGGGACGAGGGUGUUGGAGGGGAUGUUUAUUGGGAAUGAGGACGAGUUGAGUACUGACGACCAGGACCGGGAAGAGAGUGAGGUGGAGGCGGAUACGGCCGGCGGUAGGUCUGAGAUCGAGGUGGAGAGUGAGGAGGAGGUGGAGGUGCAAGAAGAGGACAGGGACAGUGAUAUCGAGAUCAUCGACGGUCCGCCAUUCUUAGAUCCUUUGCGUCCACCGCCAACGUUACCGGCUCCUGCUAUACAAGACGUUACUCCCCUUCAACCGAUCAACGGUUCCUCGCCAUCGCAAACAGUCCGCACACCGACGUCCCCAAUUGGUCCCCGUGCUCAGCCUCAGGCCGUAGUCUCUUUCGCCCGACCCUCCCUUUCGCCAUCUCAGUCUCGCGCUCAGAUACCUUUUGCACCACAAUCACAGUAUCGUCCUAUCGCUCCAGCUCCUGCUCCUAUCCAAGUUUCGCCUCCUUCACCCGUGGGUGCAUCGGUCUCAGUCACUGUGGAACAGCGUCCUGAUACAACUGUUACUAUCUCGCCGUCUCAGAUGCAGAUCCAGACAUUGGCAACAGCCAGUAUGACUGCGCUUCCUCCUUCGCCUUCAUCUCCGUUUCACCUCUCGCAACUUCAAAACUUGCAAACGCACCAGAGACAGGACUCGUUCGGUUCUACGACUUCGAUUUCUAUAGGAGGCAAUCAGGUUCCUCUACAGCUGGAUUAUCACUCUGGCUUCGGCCAUCCAUACACUGAAGGUAAACAAACCGAGUACAGACACGAGCACGGGCUUCAAGAACCGUGGAGUCCGUCUGGAGAGGAGAUGUAUCCGCAUGAGACUAUUAAUCCCUCCCUGAUUAAUCCUGUCUCGAACCCGUCUCCUGAGGCCGACCAGACUGGCACCGAACCUGACGCCGAUGUUGACAUGUCUGCGCCGUACAUUUCCGAACAAGAGCAGGGCCACGGUCAACACGCUUACUACCCCGCUGAUCCCGCCGAUGGGUUCGCGGACAGUCACGGUCCAAAACAAUCGGAUAUGAACGGCCCGUAUGGAUAUGGACUGAUGUAUUCGUACACACAGCCUCUAGCGCAGACGACGGAACACUCCGCCGCUCGUGCUAACAGUCCAGGGAUGAACUCCGAGUCAUCGAAGUCGCAGGGGAAGAAGAAGAAGGUCAAGGCGAUCUUUCAUCGGACGAAGACGGGACAGGAGAGGAUCGAGCGGGAACGGGCGUUGUCACAGUCUCAGCAGUCGCACCAUUCGCAGUCACCGGUUCAGCGCGUUCAAGCUCUAGCUGGACCGUCGUCUUGGGAUGGGGACGAUGGAGCUUCUACGAGCUCGAAGGCGGGGGCUUGGGAGGUGAAGAGGAGGGCGGGCACGCCUGGGCAGGAGGAUUCGGACGAGGAGGAUGAGGAGGAUGAUGAUGAGAUGGGGCUAGAGGAGGUGGAUGAGGACGAUGAGGAUUAUGUGCCAACUGGGAGCGCGAGGGUAAAGAAGGCUAAGGUGGAUAAGGGUAAGGGGAGAGCUAGGGAGGUGGAUAUGGACGAAGAUGAUGGGGCAUCGAUCGUCGUUAUGCGCAGGGUUCAGAGCGCGAGGGUCUCUGGCUCCGGGCACGUCGGACGGGAGGCUAAUGUUUAUGAAUCGAGGACCAUAAAAUCGAUCAGCGCAACCAUCGAGAUUUACUGUCACCAGUGUAGGACCAAGAAGAAAACCAAGCAGAUGAGGUGCAUAAAUGAAAAGUGCGGCAAACACUUCUGCCCGCAGUGCAUUUAUUCCAGAUACCCCCAACGCGUGUUCGACCCCGAAGAUCCGAACUUCCUCUGUCCCAUCUGCGACAAAACGUGCAACUGCACAAGCUGCUGUCAAAAACGCAACGAGCGAUACAUCUCUGAGAAGACCAAUGGCGGCUGGCGCGGCCAUCUCACAAGACAGGGUAUCACCGACUUUGUCUCGUUUGAGGCACCUAACCGUCGCCCCCUCGUCCGUGCGCCCAAGUCUUCGGGAAAGGCGAAGCCAAAAGCUUCGACCAAGCGUGCUGGCCCUGCUUCCACUACAGACGUUCCGGAGGAAGACGUGAUGGGCGAUGAUGAUGGAGAGAGCGGUUAUGGGUAUGGACAUCCCGGUUGGACGCCGUCGCCAGAGGCUGGUGCGACAUGGUCGGAAUCGAACAGUCCAACACCGGACCUGGAAGCGGCGAGCCAGGUACGUUUACCGGCUUGGGCGUUCCCGGAGAAUAAUCAGUGGGGCAACAUUUAUUUCGCGGAUGGGAGGAACAAGAUGGGCGAGGGCAAGGUUGGGGAGGAUGGGCUGAUCCAUGUGGAGCCUGUGGUAGGAGAGCAGGAUACGCUAUCGGCCGCUCUUCCGUUGUCCACCGUCUAUUCAGACUUUCCGAAGUCGAGGUCUCCGUCCCCCGUGUUCCGGUCAGCCCCUCUUCCUACGCCAGCGCCAUAUCCGACAACGGAGAUGCGUCCCCUUCCCGCUCAACCACCAUUGACGAAACGCCGCGUCUUUAUAGGCAAGCCGCUAAAGGAAUGGGGCCGUCGAGUCAAGACUCGGGAGAUCGAUUGGGACCCUUCCCUUGUGGUGGGACGUUAUAGAACAGGGCCUGAACCAAAAGCCAAUGCGUCAGCGUCAGCUAUUCAGCGUCGAAAGGGGAAGUUCAUGGAGCGAGGGAGGCGGUACUAUGUCGGCGUUUCGCCUCGUGAACGCAAACACAAUUACCGUCAGCAUCAGCCACUUGUACAAGCCACCUCGGUCGCCAGUAUCUACGACUCGGUUUUCGGCGGGAACUCGCCGCUGGCCAGUGCGACGAGCAGUGAGGAUGAGGAAGACGAGGGAGGGGAUGAGGAUGCGGACGGAGAGACUGAUUAUGGACCUUGGCCGAAUGAGGUUCCGUGGUCUCCUGGGAAGCUGGAAGCGUAUCAGUCGAACAACCCGGACCUCACCCAGGCAGUGGGCACUGUUGCUGCUGCUGGCGAUGGGUUACCGUCUUUGGAGGCUUUGAAGCUGCAGGAGAUUGCGGGCGGUCCUGGGUCGCUUCCCUCACUCGAUGGCACUGACCACGCCUGCCAUGGUUCGGCUGGCGCCGCCCUGCUUUCGCACCUUGGGUACGACCCGAACCUCAAGGUGAUGCCAGCACCGACCAACGCCAGUAUCACUGAAGGAGCGAUGGAUCCUAACCUUCGGGACUCAGUGGGCGACCUCCAUCCUCAGCACGCAGUGGCGGUCUUGACCGGUGGAGAUCGGUAAAUAUUUUCCUCUCGCCGUUGGAUUUCGUGCUCCUUUUUCUCCUAUUGUAAUAUAAUGUUUGUUAUGAUUGAGUUUGUAUUUUUCUUGAUCCUGUUAUCGUUCGAUUUAUCACGUGCUUCAGAUUUGUUUGUUGGUUGAACUUUGUUCGUACGUUUUCGUGCAGUACGGUGUUUCCUCAAUGACUUUUGUCUGUUGGUCAGUUCAUCGUUGUAAAUACCAUAGCUUUUUGUGUCAGUCCUGUGACACCAUUUAUGCUCCCAG